AUGCGGUGCACGCAUUAUAAAAAGCCAUACAACUUAUUGCUGUACCUGAACACCUUCUUAAGAGAGCUGACUUGUAACAAAAAAGAUGCAGUGGAUCGUUUAUUAAAGUCAUUUAAUCGGAAACGAUUUAAUAAUAAGAACAACAAAGGCAUGCGAAAUAAUUUCAAGGCAGACUUGUACAGGGUAGUGAUACAUACGGGGGGCAUCCUUUCCUUUAAAUUGCUAAAAAAUAACAACGAGAUUGGGAAAAAAACAUACUACAUGAAUGAGGAGUUACUGCACUUAGAAAUUAAUAAUAUUUUAGGGAAGAACUACCCCUUGAAGUACAUUUUUUAUAUGAAUCAGGAGGUGCGUGAUUUUCAGAGAGUGGUUAUGCCUUUGGAAUUGAGAAGCGAUAAACCCAUUACAUGUGGUAUGGUACUUGAUUUUGACUACAUGGGUCAUUCCUUCGAAAUGAAUGAACAGAGGCCCAUGAAGCUGGUGGACUUGGUUGUGAUGCUAGAUAAGAUUUGCGAGCUCCUUCGCGAGAACUGCACCGUGAUUUAUGUGCACUACGCGGGGGGGUGCACCCACCAGGGGGAGGCAAACCAUGCGUGCGCGGCAAACUAUGCGUGUGCGGCAAACCAUGCGUGUGCGGCAAACCAUGCAUGUGCGGCAAACUAUGCAUGUGCGGCAAACUAUGCAUGUGCGGCAAACUAUGCAUGUGCGGCUGAGUUGAUUCUCCCGCACUCGCGACGCACAGCCAAGGACACGGUCAACGCGCACCGGGGGCAUGCAUGCAGGCACAGAAAGGCAUACGGCUACCUCUUCGACGACCUGGAGAGCACGCUCAAGUUGUUCGAGGAGAGAAACAUAAAGGUGGUGAUUAGGACGAGCGAGUCGGCGGAGGAGACCGAUGCGGCGAAAGGGGCAGGAGGGGCAGAUACAUCGCAUUCGUCGAGUUUGUCCCGUUCGUCCAGUUCGUCCAGUUCGUCUCUUUCGCCCCGUUUGCCCCGUUUGCCCCAUUCGCCGCAUUGGUCGCACUUGCCGCACAGGUCGCACCCCUCGACUAUCGCGCAUGCGUCGCGCAAGAAAAAAAAAAACUCAAUAAUGAAGGACAUCGAGCAGUUAUUUGAAAACCCCUACGUCGACAAUGUCAUUCUCCUGUGCAAUGACGUGGAUGUAAUAUCCUAUUGCUACCAUAUUCGCCACAAAAUUAAUUACAAAAAUGGAGAAGCAUGCAUGAAGGAGGCAUACACCUUUCGAUUCAUGAAACCAAUUCUAAUAUAUUCCUUCUUAAAUAAUUUGCCAAUUAAAAAUGGAAAAAUAUAUCCUCAUCUAAAGCUGGACAGGUUUUGCUACAUGACCUUUAUCAUUACAACGUAUCUCUUAAGGUGUCAAGGUAGGAAUCUCCAGAAGGUAGCCACAGAAAGCGAUUUUAAUGUAGCCCUG